CUGCGAACGCGGAUGGCAUUUAAAGUUACACUGUAACUCUUGAGUGACAGGUGAACGCACCCGAGAUGGCUUUUUCCAGAAAGGCACCAGUCGAGGAUUUUCCCAGUGACUUUGCAUGGGGAGCUGCAACAGCCGCUUACCAAAUCGAAGGGGGCUGGGAUAUGGAUGGAAGAAGCCCCAGUAUAUGGGACACUUUUUGCCACAGCAAAGGCAGAGUGUAUAAAGAUCACACCGGAGAUGUGGCCUGCAACAGUUACAAGCUUUGGGACGAAGACCUGAAGUGUAUCCAGCAAUUAGGCCUCACACACUACCGUCUGUCAUUCAGCUGGUCACGGUUGCUUCCUGAUGGAACGAUACGUUUUGUCAACCCAAAAGGUGUAGCAUACUAUAACAAAGUGAUUGAUGACCUAAUAGCAAACUGUAUCGUGCCCGUGGUCACCCUGAACCACUUUGACUUACCUCAGGUUCUGGAGGACUGUGGUGGAUGGAAAUCUCCUGAGAUUGCAGAACUUUUUGACUCCUAUGCUCAGUUUUGCUUUAAAACAUUUGGGGACAGAGUGAAGCUUUGGAUUACACUCAAUGAGCCUUAUGUUUGUGCUAAACUUGGGUAUGAGACUGGCCUUUUUGCCCCAGGCAUUAAAGAACCAGGGACCUCAGUGUACCUUGUAGGUCACAACAUUCUGCGUGCCCAUGCUAGAGCCUGGCAUAGCUAUAAUGCCCACUUCAGACGCAUGCAGGGAGGAAAAGUUUCUAUAGCUCUUAACAGUGACUGGGCUGAACCUUUAGACCCAUGCUGUCCUGAAGAUGUGGCUGCCACUCAGCGAUACAUAGACUUUAACCUGGGUUGGUUUGCUUGCCCAAUCUUUGGCACAGGGGACUAUCCAAAGUCUAUGAGGUCAAGGAUCGAGAUCCAGAACCUUGAACUAGGAUUUACUGAGGGGCCUCGUUUGCCCAAGUUUUCAGAGGAUGAGCCCAAGCCUUUAGGCACAGCAGACUUUUUUGCACUGAACUACUAUACAUCACGCAAAGUAAAGGACACAAGCUCUCGUCCCAGUCAGCUCAGUUUCACAGGGGACCAAGGAAUGGAGGCUAUAAUAGAUCCAUCAUGGCCAGUGUGUGGCGUGUCCUGGCUUGCUGUCGUACCUGAAGGACUGCGAAAGCUGUUAAAAUACAUAAAGGAUACAUGCAACAACCCAGCCAUUUACAUCACUGAAAAUGGUUUCUCUCAGAUGGGACCUGUGGAAUUGGAAGACGUUGAUCGCUGUCAGUUUUAUCAGGACACACUUCAGGAAGUAUUAAAAGCAAUCAAAGAUGAUGGCGUGAACGUGAAAGGAUAUUUUUCCUGGUCACUUAUGGAUAACUUUGAAUGGUCAGACGGCUUCAGUGUGAGAUUUGGUCUCUUCCAUGUGGACUUCUCCAGCGCUGAGCUGAAGCGCACAAUGUACCGCUGUGGUAGAGAGUAUGCAGCUGUAAUAAAAAGACACAGAGACUAUGCCAAGCCGGGCAACUGAAACCAGCACUCUGAGACCUAUACUAGACACUAGUUUUAAAAUUUGAGAACAAACUACAUGAAUAAAAUAUGUUUAAAUGUAGACUAUAGAAUGUAGACAUGUGUAGACACAUACAGGAUUGAUGCACCGUUAGUAGUGUAUGUAUGGUUGAAUCAUGUUUAUUUUUAUAUAUAAAAAUAUUUCCAGUAAAGAAAGCAAUAUGACAAUUAAAAAAAGAAAAAAAAUGAGAAGAAAUCAUGAUUCUCCUGAAGAACUGAGACAUAUUCUCAAGAUGCUCAGUAAAAAUUUUUUUUGUUUGUUUAUGAUUGAAGCACUUUGUAGUAUGUUUUUAUUUUUUGUUGAGAAAUUUAGAAUUUCUACCUUUUUUUUUUACAUGCAUGUGUAUAUUUGCUAUAUUUGUGUGUUCCAUAAUAAAACAAAAAGUAAAGCGCAGGAAGCAGAAAUCAGUGGUUGCAGAACUGUAGCAGUGGGGGAAAACAGGUUAGAUGCUUAAAAAAGAUCAGUUACAUAUUAAUAACAACAUGCUAUAUAAAUU